AAAAAAAAAAAGAAAAAAAAUUGGAUUUGAUAGCCAGAAGCUAGGAGGAGCAUGGACAGUUGAGUUCAGGUACAGCAGCGGCGGCGGCGAGUUGAAGAAGCAAACCCUAGAUUAUCCGCUAUACCUUCAUCGGCGGCAGUGUUUCCGAUUCGGCAGCUCUCCGGUCAAUUCAACUUCAAAAGUCCACUUACUGUAACUGCUUGGCCACGAUCACCGGCGCCACCCAUGGCGAACCUCCAUCACCACUGUUCAUUCAUUUCACUCGCCGCUUUUCUUCUUCUCCUUUCGUUUCCUCUCUCGUUCUGCCAUCUCCAAGAUGAUGAAGUAGAUCCAGAUUCUCCAGUCUCUCGCUUCCAAAACUACCUCAGAAUCAAAACCGCCCACCCGAACCCGGAUUACGCCUUCGCCGUCUCAUUCCUCAAAUCUCAAGCACUGGCCAUCGGUCUCGAUGCGCAAAUUCUCGAGUUCGUUGAAGGUAAACCUCUUCUCCUCUUGACCUGGCGUGGAUCGAACCCUUCUCUGCCCUCAAUUUUGUUAAACUCUCACAUGGACUCUGUCCCCGCCGAGUCCUCCAAGUGGCUCCAUCCUCCAUUCUCCGCCGUCCGGUCCUCCGAUGGCAAGAUCUUCGCCCGUGGUUCUCAAGAUGACAAGUGCAUCGCCAUCCAGUAUCUCGAAGCCAUUCGGAACCUCAGGAGUCGAAAUUUCGUCCCGGUUCGUUCGAUUCACAUCUCGUAUGUGCCGGAUGAGGAGAUUGGGGGUUUCGAUGGAGCUGCGAAGUUUGUUUCGUCGAAGGAGUUCAAGGAGUUGAAUGUGGGGUUCAUGAUGGACGAAGGGCAGGCAUCGCCAGGAGAUGAAUUUAGGGUUUUUUACGCCGAUAGAUCGCCGUGGGGGUUGAUAAUUAGGGCUAACGGAACCCCUGGGCAUGGGUCUACAUUGUACGAUAACAGUGCGAUGGAGAAUUUGAUGAAGAGUGUUGAGAUUGUGAGUAGGUUUAGGGAGAGCCAAUUCGAUAUGGUGAAGGCUGGUGAAGCUACUAAUUCGGAAGUCAUCUCUGUGAACCCUGUUUUCGUCAAUGCCGGAAUUCCUUCCCCCACUGGAUUUGUAAUGAAUAUGCAACCUUCAGAGGCGGAAGCCGGUUUUGAUCUCAGAUUACCGCCCACCGCCGACCCAGAUGCUAUAAGAAGAAGAAUUGCGGAGGAAUGGGCUCCGGCUCGGCGGAAUAUGACGUUUCAGAUUACUCAGAGAGGGCCCAUCAGAGACUACUUGGGACGUCCAUUAAUGACGAUGACAAACGGUUCAAAUCGAUGGUGGUCCGUAUUCGAGACAGCCAUCUCCGAUGCUGGUGGCAAGCUUUCAAGCCCUGAAAUCCUGGCUUCGACGACUGAUGCACGCUUCAUGAGACAGUUGGGCAUUCCUGUUCUUGGUUUCUCCCCAAUGAGUAACACUCCUAUCUUAUUGCAUGAUCACAACGAGUUCUUGUCAGAAACGGUCUUCUUAAGGGGCAUAAAGGUUUAUGAAUCCAUAAUCAGUGCUUUGAGUUCCUUUGAAGAGGGUGCAUCCCAGUAAAAGUAACUGCCGUGGGUUAAUACUUUGGUCGUGGACUCAUGGCAACACUGCUGUAUUGUAAGUUCAUGGUGGGUUGAAGAUUGAUUGGUGCCAUGAUAUAUCAACUUUAGUGAAUGAAAUUUCCUUACAAUUUCACAAAAGCAAGAACAGCCCUUUCCUGCAUGUUCUGACAUUUUUCUUUUUUGAAAAGAAAAAAAAAAACAUGUGAGCUCCAUUAAUUAGCAAAGGAACAUCAUAAUUAGUUUAAUUAAUUAAGGUGUAAAAUCAUACUGUCAGCCACCCGAUUGAGCCAUAUUCAAGAAACACAAAUAUAUUAAUACUCUGUUUCAAAAAAGAGAGGCUUCGGGAAUCUCAUUGUUUAUUUGUUUGUUUA